UUUUUUUUCACUGGGAAGGGUAAACCAGAGGCGAGCGGGUUUCAAAAAUGGGCGUGGGAGGCAAGUUCUGGGACUUGCUCAAGCCCCUACGCCAGGUACGAAGACCCUGAUUUCCUGAGGGACAAAUGGGUCGCUGUCGAUCUUUCUUACUGGAUCGUCCAAAACGAGACCGCCAUCAAGACCUACGUCCUCAACCCUCACCUCCGCCUUACUUUCUUCCGGACCAUCAACCUGUUCUCUAAGUUUGGCGCUUUCCCGGUGUUUGUUGCCGACGGGACUCCUUCGCCGUUGAAGUCUCAGGCGAGGAUGGCCCGAUUCUUCAGGUGCUCGGGAAUUGAUGCUGCCCGUCGGCCGGUGGCUGAAGAAGGUGCCUCCGUGGAGAGAAACGGAGCGUUUUUGAAGUGUGUUCGGGAGUGCAUUGAAUUGAUUGAACUCUUUGGGAUGCCGGUUCUUCAGGCCAACGGUGAGGCUGAAGCGUUGUGUGCUCAGCUGAAUAGGGAGGGUCAUGUAGAUGCCUGUAUAACUGCUGAUAGUGAUGCUUUCCUCUUUGGUGCCCAGUGCGUGAUAAAGUCCAUCAAACCCAAUUCUAAAGAGCCAUUUGAAUGCUAUCGUAUGUCAGAUAUUGAAGUUGGUCUUGGGUUAAAGAGGGAACAUCUAAUAGCCAUUUCUCUCUUGGUUGGAAAUGACCAUGAUCUUAGUGGAGUUCAAGGGAUUGGCAUCGAUAAUGCUCUUCAGUUUGUUCAAAGUUUUGGUGAAGAAGAGAUCUUAGAUAAAUUGCGUGAGAUUGGCAGUGGGAAUACCCCUUUUCCUCAGGGUGGUCCAAAAGUUGUAGCCAGUCCCAUACUUCUUGCCGAUGACAGCUCACUAAAGUCAAGACCUGCUCACUGCUCAGUUUGUGGUCAUCCUGGCAGCAAGAGAGCACAUUCAAAGUCAUCUUGUGUUGAUUGUCAUCCCAGUGGUGGAGAUGGUUGCAUGAAAAAGCCAAAUGGAUUUAGGUGCAAUUGCACAUGUUGUGAUAGAGAGAGAGAGGCAAGACAGCUGAAAAGGCAUGAAAACUGGUACACGAAAGUUUGUGAGAAGAUUGCCAGGGAGCAGAAUUUCCCAAAUGAUGAAAUAAUGGAGAUGUAUUUGUGCAAUGAUAAUGGAAAGAUCACUGCAGAUGGUGGUUCCUGCAUUUCAUGGCAACACCCUGAAACUGACAUGUUGGUUGACCUUUUGGUGUUUCGACAGCAUUGGGAGCCCUCUUAUGUUAGACAGAGGUUACUUCCUAUGCUGUCCACCAUAUACCUGAGAGAAAUGGCACAACAGAGAGAGAAGUCCUUGUUGAAUGGGCAAUAUGAAUUUGAUUCAAUUCAGCGCACAAAGAUCAGGUACGGACAUGAAGCUUAUGUCGUGAAGUGGAGGAAAGGAGGAACCUUAAUUGGCAGUGGCCGCAAUUUGAAUCUUAUUGAUGAUAAAGAGCAAGAUAAGAUUGUGGAGAAUGUUGAUGAGAGUUUUGAUGGCUCAGAUCGAUGGGAAGAAACCGGGGUUCAUGUUGAUAAUGAGGGUCAGUUUGUGCUAACUGAUGAACAUAUGAAACUUGUCCGUGCUGCAUUUCCAGACGAAGUUAGUAUAUUCUUAUUGGAAAAGGAACUUAAAGAAUCCAAGAGAAAGCGAUCAAGAUCUGGAGGAGCUGGUAAUAAGUCGAGAAACCUGCAGUCAAGAGGCGUCCAACUUUCUAUUACUGAAUUUUAUCGAUCGAGCAAAGUGCAAGUCACUGAAGGAGCCUUUCAUUCUGAAACUCAAGACAAGGAAAUCAUGUGCACCUCGACAUCACCUCUUCCAAAGUCAGUUAGACGCCACCUUCUGUUCAAGUAGUACGUCAUUUGAUAUCAAAAGCUGUAAUGUAAAGCUGCUUUUAGCUUUUUAGUCUCAGAAUGACAUUUUUGAAUGUAGAUAAAGCUGAGAAUUAACAUUUCACCCGACUCUAGGGUAGCGUAGCUUAAGGGGCUUUUUGUGAGCAAUGGAGUAGAGUGGCCUCCUCCAUGGUGUAAAGUGUAGUUGUCCGUUUGUAAUUUAUAAAUAACAUUAGGUUUGGUCUACUACUGCAAUUUAAAGCCAUAUACUCAAUCACUACAUGUCUUUCUUUGGCAAUGGGCACUAUCUUUCUCCUUUAGUUCUUCUUCAACAGUGAAUAACAGAAGAUUAGCUCAUCAGAACUUGACUCUGGGCUAAACACUCACCAGUUAGUUAUGUUUGUUACAACUGCUAAGUUGGCCAAGGAGGCACUCCACAUCCUCCAGAACCAGGGCAAACAAGGUGAAAUUGAUCUUGUCCUUACCGAGUUGCACU